AUCGAGAGCCUAUUUUUGACCUCUUUUGAAAACCCUUUAACUUCUUCAUUUCGAAUUACUGUUAUCGUAAAAUAUAUGUAUUUUUUGACUUCUUCAGAAGAGAGAGAAGAGGAGUCGAACUGUUAGGGUUUUCAGAAUAAUCGAUGGGCGUGUUUGAAGAUAUUGGAGCUGAAAUUAGGUGGGUUUGCUCAAAAGUGAAGAAUUUUGGAUUCGUAGUGUAUUUCAAAUAUUACUUUAUUUUGUUCCAUUCUAAGGCCUAAUAGGGAUUGGUAUUAGUUAGUAGCUGUUUGAAUUAAACAGGGGAUAUAUAUAUAUAUUUUUUCUUUUUUAAAUAAAGUGGUGGGAUUUUGUUUGGUUUAAUAUUUGAGAUUUCUUGGGAUAUAACGUGAUUUGAAUGGAGCAAUGUAUGAUGGAUGACUAUAUGUUGGGCGACAGUUCGGAUUUUGAAGUUGAUGAGAUAAGAUGUGAAAAUAUAGCGGAGAAAGAUGUCAGCGAUGAAGAGAUCGAUCCGGAAGAAUUGAAGAAGCGAAUGUGGAAGGACCGUAUCAAACUUCAGAGGAUUAAGGACAGACAGAAGCUUGCAGCCCAGGAAGCCGCAGCAAAACAGAAGCCCAAGCAGGCCAAAGAUCAGGCUCAGAGGAAGAAAAUGUCAAGAGCUCAGGAUGGGAUAUUAAAGUACAUGUUGAAGCUUAUGGAAGUGUGCAAUGCCCGGGGGUUUGUGUAUGGAAUCAUUCCCGAGAAGGGUAAGCCGGUUAGCGGGGCAUCGGAUAACAUAAGGGCCUGGUGGAAAGAGAAGGUGAAGUUUGAUAAGAAUGGGCCAGCAGCCAUUGCAAAGUAUGAAGCAGAGUGUUUUGCCAAGAGCAGUGGAGAUGGCUUUCCAAAUGGGGCCUCCAAGAGCAUUCUUCAGGACUUGCAGGAUGCAACCCUAGGGUCUCUUUUGUCUUCUUUGAUGCAACACUGUAAUCCACCUCAGAGGAAGUAUCCACUGGAGAAGGCUGUUCCCCCACCUUGGUGGCCUACUGGGAAUGAAGAAUGGUGGAUAAAAUUGGGGCUACCCAAAGGCCUGAUUCCUCCAUAUAAGAAGCCACAUGAUUUGAAGAAGAUGUGGAAAGUUGGGGUUUUAACAGCUGUGAUUAAGCAUAUGUCACCUGAUAUUGCAAAGAUUAGGAGGCUUGUCCGGCAAUCAAAGUGCUUACAAGACAAGAUGACUGCUAAGGAGAGCUCAAUUUGGUUGGGGGUUUUGAGCCAAGAAGAAUCUCUUAUCCGGCAACCCAGCCAUGACAAUGGGGAAUCUGGAGUAAUUGAGGCACCUUCAAUUGGUCGUGUUGAAAAGAGAAAACCUACUGUUAGUAGUGACAGUGAAUAUGACGUGGAUGGCGUUGAUGAGGGUGUGGGCUCUGUUUCAUCUAAAGAAGACAGGAGAAAUCAAGUAGUGGAUGUGGAACUAUCUGAUAAUCCUUAUACUGAUUGUGAGGGCCCUGUUUCAUCUAAGGAUGAGAGGAGAAAUCAACCAAUGGAUGUGGAGUCAUCAGGUCAUCCUUGUAAUAUUACUCCCCAUCCUAUCCAGGAUAAAGAGCAAGGGGAAGAGCAACGUAAGACAAAAAGGCCACGUGUGACAUCCAGCUCUCCCGAUCAACAGGCUGCACCAUCUCUUAAUGAACAUCUUCAUGAUGAGCCGAUAAACACUUUGCCUGACAUAAACCACACUGAUGUACAUUUGGUUGGAUACCAGAUGCAUGGCACCGAACAGGGAAACGUUACAGUUACUGCUACGAGGCCCCUGGAGAAAGAUCUUGAGGAUCAAUUGCAGUUUCCAACACCUGAUUUUAACCAUUUUUACACCCUUCCUUCUUCCGACAUGAUACCCACACAGAAUAUAUUAAUGGGUAGCAGACAAUUACUUUAUCACGCGGUUCAAAAUUCUGGGCUGCAUCAUGAAACUCAAGAUUCUGGGUUGCAUCAUGGUCCUCAAAAUUCUGGGUUGCAUAAUAUAUCUCAGAGUCCUGGUUUGCAUUACAGACCUCCGAACUCUGAGUUACUUCAUGGGCCUACUUAUAACUUAUAUAAUCCAGCUGUGGAAUAUGAUCCCAAUCACGGCGAACAGCUGUGCCAGAUGACAUUUAAUGAAUCCCAUGUUAGCCUGGUGGAUUCUGGAGUCCAUGUGCCAGCACUGCAUAAAAAUCGAAAUGAUAUUACAGGAGGAGAUAUGCACCACCAUUGUGUAAAAGGCCCAUUUCAGAAUGAUCAAGAUAGACCUUUUGACACUAACUUUGGGUCUCCAAUCAAUAGCAGCCUUUCACUUGAUUAUGGAGCAUUUAAUGAUCCAUUAUAUCUUAGGUUGGAUGACCCAAAUGAAUUCGAUGACUUCUUGUCUAAUGAAGAUGAACUAAUCGAAUGCUUCGGGGCAUAGAUUCAAAGAUUCAUGUUUCAAAGAUGCUGAAAAAAUGCAGCAAUUACUGUUCACAUGUGUGAAUAGGUUUUGGUCUCUCUUGGACUCCUCACCAGUGCUGUUAUUAUCGUCUGUGAAUCUCAAGAGUGUAAGUUCAUUUUUUUAUCAUUCAAUGUAGUGCAAAAUAAUGAACACACAUUGAUUUUUUGAGAUACACACAGUGUCUAACAUUUGUACUGUUGGAGGCCCCUGAGUAGCUCCUGUAAAUAAUUAGUUUGUUUAAUUGGCAAUUGCUAAAGUAACAAUAUAUUUUGCUUUAAUGAAACUUAAUAAAGUGCUCACUUUUAUUCUUUUACCAA